UUCCAAAUUCUGUGUCUGUCUGUAACAGAGUCCGAAACCAAACAAACCCUGUCUCUAAUAAGAGCUUGCUUCCAACAUAAGGCUUCCACCACCACCGCCACCAUGUCCAUUAACUUGCAGUUUCAUGCCUUCGCCGGCAACCCUCUACUGUCCAAAUUCCCAAUAUCCGGUGAUCCCUUUUCACCUUCAGCAGCUCUUGAAGCCCUUAACGCCCGAAUUCUCGACAACACUCGUUCCUCGUCUUCCCCGAAUUUCAAGGUGCUUCUUUUCAGAAAUGGAAAUCCCUUAGCCUCUUCCACGGCCGGGCUCGGCGACUCGCCGCCGAUUUGGCAUCUGGGUUGGAUCGGUUUGGACGAUCUCAGGGGUAUCUUGGAAAAUUCUGGUGCCCAGUUGAGUGGAGACUCUUUGGUGUAUCUGGGUUCGAGUGCUGAAGACGACACCGUUUACUGGGCAAUCGAUGUUUCUGCCAUGGCACCUGAAUUGAGUAGCAACAUGGAGUUCUGUUUUGUUGAGCUCAGAACGCUCAUGGUAGCUACCAACUGGGAGGAUUUGCAAGCAAUGGGAAACUUGGCUAUUGCUGGUCAUGCAAAGGUGCUGCUAGGAUGGCAUAAUAGUUCACGAUUUUGUGGACAUUGUGGAGAGAAAACAGUCCCAAUGGAAGCUGGGAGACGGAAGCAAUGUUCAAAUGAUUCAUGCAAAAAGAGGAUCUAUCCACGUGUUGACCCGGUGGUUAUUAUGCUAGUAAUUGAUAGGGAGAACGACCGUGCCCUUUUGAGUAAACGAUCGAUGCUUCUACCUCGAUUGUGGAGCUGCUUGUCAGGUUUCACAGAGCCAGGUGAAAGCUUGGAGGAAGCUGUAAGAAGAGAAACAUGGGAAGAGACUGGUAUUGAAGUUGGAGAAGUUGUAUAUCACAGUUCUCAGCCAUGGCCUGUUGGACCAAGUAGCAUUCCAUACCAGCUGAUGGUUGGGUUCUUUGCAUAUGCAAAAUCCCUUGAAAUAACUGUGGACAAGAAAGAGUUAGAAGAUGCUCAGUGGUACAGUAGAGAAGAUGUAAGAAAAGCAUUGACUUUUGCUAACUACAAGAAAGCCCAAAGAACUGCAGCAGCAAAGGUAGAAAAAAUGUGUAAGGGAGAGGAAAAGAAUCGGAGCUUGGCUGCAGAUUUCAACGUGGAAAGUGGUGAAAAUGCUCCAAUACUUGUUCCAGGACCCUUCGCAAUAGCCCAUCACCUUAUUUCCUCUUGGGCCUUCUCAGAUCAAAAUGUAGUAAAUGGUAUUGAAUGCAAUUCAAAACAACCUAUCGGUUCUAUGACAAAUUGUUAGGAGUGGCUGAAAUUAGCAGCUUUGAAAAUAAAGCUUAUCUUAUUAGUGUUAUGUAUCAUUCUGCACUCCUUGAAUUAGACAGCUCGACUUCUAAAUUUGCAUUAUUUUUUUUCAUGUACACCAAAUAUUCUAUAUCAUCAAUGAACUUAUUAAUAUUAGUAGAA